AUGGGUGGUAACGCUAUUUUUACUACUACUACUACUACUACUACUAAUAAUAAUAAUAAGAAUAAAAACAAAAAUAAUACGAUCGAGGCCAAUACUACUAUUCCUUCCCCCAAGGCUUUUGAAAAAAUUUCUAGUAACAGUACAACUUCUUUUACACCUCACUUACAGCCACAUCUUAACAAUGUUACUAAUAGUAGCAAAAACACUACCGAUGCUAAUGCUGGUAUGUGGAACAAUGAAUUGAACCUUAAUUUCGGUACUACUGGUGGGAACACAACAAACACAACCACUCCCGGGACCAAAUAUCUAAAGGAUUCUAUCGAUAAAAAAAAUAUAAGCAGCACUUCCAACAAUAAUAUUGAAGAUGAAGAUGUAAUUGAAGAUAUAAUAAACCCUAAUUUUGAAGCUGUAGAAGUAAUGAAUGACGAUAGUAAUAUUGAUAGACCCUGUUCUCCAUUAACCUUAAUAAAUCAGCGUUUUGAUGAACAAACUAGGAGUAAUAAUUUAGAGUUCAUGAACGCCAUAGCUUCCAAUAAAAUUUCUGGGAGUACCACUCACAAUAAUAACGGUAAUAAUGAUACUGCAAAUUUGAAUAGUAAUAAUCAUAAUAUCAAUGUUGGUACCUCUCUACAGAAAUUUGAUAAUAAAGUUGCAUCUCCACUACGUAAUUCACCAAGGUUAAGACAUGCUACGUUGGGGUUAUACAAUUAUAAACAGAACCAAAAUCAUCAGCAACAGCAGAAGCAGCUGCAAGGCGAUAAUUUUGCUAGCUCUUCACCCUCUACUGCCCAGCAAAAGGCGUUACUGUUACAGCAACAGGUGCAACAAAUAAACCCACAUUUCCAUGCUUUAAAUUCCGCCAUCGGAAACGCCACUUCUAGGAACAAUAACAACACUACAGGAUUUAUUACGUCAGAAAAUGCAAUUACAGCCACGACAAACACAGCUAAUACAAAAUACCCUCAACAAUCACCUUUGUUAAGUCAAAAUCUUUUACCAUAUAAUGCUAAUUUAAGACAGCAGCUAUUUAAAAACAAGGCCAAGACAGGAGGAUAUAGUAACAAUGCCGGUGGUAAUAUAACAGCCAAUAAGAAACAAAAGAAGAGAAAUAAAGAUGGCUCGCCAACAGAUGACUCUCAACUGCAACAGCAACAUAAAUCGAGGCCAGCAUUUGUCAAUAAAUUGUGGAGCAUGGUUAACGAUCCAAAAACGGACUAUUUAAUAUCAUGGAGCGAAGAUGGGAAGUCGUUUUUUGUUCAUAACCAAGAAAAGUUUGUUCACGAAGUAUUGCCCAAAUAUUUUAAACAUUGUAAAAUUGCGUCAUUUGUUAGACAAUUGAAUAUGUAUGGGUGGCAUAAGGUACAAGAUGUUCGUAGCGGUGCGAUGGAAGAUAGUAGUGAUGAUAAAUUACAAUUUUCAAACACAAAUUUUAUUAGAGGCAGGGAAGAUUUAUUGGACUUAAUUAUCAGACAGAAAACAAAUAAUAACCAUAGUUCAACAAAUAGUAUCAAUGAUAUUGAUAACGAGAUUGCUAUUAACAAUUUAUCUGCCAAUGCUGGUGUUUUGACUAAAGCUUAUAACUAUAAUAUUAACUCUGGGAUUGUCAAUGGUACUAGUAAUGCCACUCGACAUAAUUCCAACUACAUGCCUUUAAUAACGACACAGCCGCAACUAGAUGCGACUUUGUUAGUAACCGAAUUAGAAACGAUUAAAUUUAAUCAACUUGCGAUUGCUGAAGAUUUAAAAAGACUUUCUAAAGAUCAUGAGUUGUUAUGGAAGGAAAAUAUUGCAGCUAUGAAAAGGCACGAACAGCAAGAACGCGCUUUGGAAAAAAUGCUAAAAUUAAUGGCUUCUUAUUUUGGUCCUGGUAUUACUAAGUUUAUUAAAGAUGAUGUAGGGAAUACCGAUAAUGGUGCUGCUAGCAAUAAUUAUGUUAAUACUAAUAAUGUCAAUAGUGGCAAUGAUGUUGGUAAUGAUCAUACUCAUAAUAAUAAUAAUAAUAAUGGUAAUAAUAAUGGUAAUAAUAUUAAUAGUAAUGAUAAUGAUAAUGGUAAUAAUAUUAAUAGUAAUGAUAAUGAUAAUGAUGAUAAUAAUAAUAAUAAUAAUAAUAAUAAUAAUAAUAAUAAUGAUAAUAAUAAUAAUAAUAAUAAUAAUAAUAAUAAUAAUGAUAAUAAUAAUAAUAAUAAUAUUAAUAACAUCAAUAAUAUCAAUAAUAAUGGUAAUAAUAAUAACAACAACAAUAACAACAAGAGGAGGAAUAGUCAUAUUGAUGAUGGUGGAGAUCUUUUCUAUAAUACUAUGGAUAAUUUUAAUUCUAAUAUUAAUAAUAAUGAAAAUAUGACUAUUAAUGAUGGUUCCAAUAUUAACAAUAUUCAUGACAACACCAAGAAUUUUGGGGCUACCCAAAACUUUUAUAACAACAUGACCGGUAGUUAUGGCAAUUCACCGGUGAUUACUUCGCCUAAUUCAGAGGACGUCAGUAUCAAUAACAAUAACGGCACUGGUAGAUAUACGAAUUAUGGAAAUAUUGGUAAUAAUCUUACAGCACAAAGAAUGCUAUUAUUAAAAAAUAAAACGUCACCAUCCAGUAAUAGUAGUAUCAGCGAAUUAGGCCAACCUACCGUAAGCACGAAUACCAUGGGCAGAAACCUCAGCGAGAACAAUAUAGACACUGUUGAAUCUUCAAACAGAUUAGAAGAAAUUCCAGAUUCUGACUUUAUUAAGAAUAUUAAUGAAAACAUUGAGAAACAAAAUAACAGCAUCAAUGAUUUGAAUGAGUUGAUAUCAAAGUUACAACAGGAGUCACCAAUGCCGGGAUCGGUAUCUACUGUAGCGACGCCAAUCCAAUCAAAUAUUAUGAUGGCCACCAGUACCAAUAAGGGUUCAAAGACUAACAAUUCUAUUGUUGAUGUUAAUGGUUUACCAGUUGAAAAUGGACAAGAAGACUUUGAUUUGCACGAUUACCUAGCCCCAACACCAGAAUUUAUUACACAUAACUCUGGUAACACAAAUAUAGAACAUGUUAAUGAUGACUUUGGUAACAAGUACGGCGGCGAUAUUAAGAACGGGAAUAAUUACAAUGAUGGCACUGGUGAUCAACGACUUACCCGCAUUACAAAUGAGACCAAUGCCAAUAAUAAAAGAGAAUUAGAUGAUACGGAUACUGCAAUAAUUGAAGAAAUUGAGAAUCCCGCAACUUAUUUAAAAAAACUAAAGAAAUGA